AUGGAGAAAAUCACGGACUCACAGCCGCCAACGCUGCGGCUGCGCGAGCAAGAUCUCGUGGGCAAAGUCGCUGUAAUCACGGGAGACAUCUUUAUCCUCAAUGCAGCAGCCCCGUACAUCACCGACGUGGGCAACCUCGACGCAGCCGAAGUGUCAAAGUCUCUUCUCUGCAACGUGCAGACGAACGCUCUGAUCGUGGACGAGCUGGUAAAACGACAGUCCUUCCAACCCAACAGCCGCAUCAUCUUCAUCAGCAGCGUUCGCGGUUGUAUGCCCUGGAAACGACAGCUGAUGUACUCAGCUGGCAAGGCCGUGGGGAAGAUGAUGUGUAAGACGUGGGCGGAAUGCUGCGGCGGGAGACAUGAAGAGUUCUCCUUCAUGACCGGUACAACCGCCAAUGCGAUCGUGACGGGCUUGACGGCGACGGAUGCGGUGUUGAAUAUGCCGGGCGACAUUCUGCAGGAAGUGAAGGAAGAGUUCCUGCCGCAUCAGGAUAUACCAAAGUUUGCAGUUGCGGAAGAUGUUGCUGAUGCGCUUGGGAUGCUGUGUGGGAAUGAUGCGAGGUGGAUUACGGGGCAGAGUAUUAGUGUGAGUGGUGAAUUGGUGAAGUUGCAGUGA